AUGGCAUUGGUCUUUGAUUUUAAAAAUGCCAACGAGAAAUCCUGGUUCCGAAAUAAUUUGGGAAAGUUAUUACAAAAAAGAUUGGAAAUCCGGUUGGUCGGCGAAAAAGUCUACGAUAACGGUGGUGAAAGUUUGAUGGAAGUGUACAAAAUUUGUGGAUGGACGAAAAACAACGUGCCGAUAAGAUCGAAGACGGAAUUGCGACCGAAGCCGUCCGCAAGAAAAUCUCCAAGGACGACGAAGCCAAUGCCGAUGCCGAUGCCACCGCAUUGUUCGGUAUCUUCGGAACGAAACAGAGAAUAA